AUAUUAUGUUUCAUAAAGCAAUGUUUUGCGGUGAAAUACUGGAGAUGUAUGCAUAUAUUGAGACUAAUUGUAUUAUUGUUUUAUCACAUGGAGCUUUAUCAUUCCGUGCUUAUCAUUCUUAUUGACAAUAUUUUUCCAUCUGUCUCACUACUAAGCUCUGUGUAGUGAGUAACAUUUCCGCCCUUUUGCUACGAAACGCGCCAUCCAGGCUCAUCACAUAAAUAAUGCCUGAGCUCACUGAAUCCACCGAGGCUAAGACUGCGGUCAAGGUCGAGGUUGAGUCUGGAAGUGAGUCGGAUUCUGAUGAUUCCGUGCCAGAGCUUGAGGAUGGAAUUAAUGAGAGUGCAAGCAAGGUUGCACAGGCAGCUGGCCUUCCUGAUGAGCUGACUUCUCGAGCCAAACAGUCUAGGGGAGAGAAGAAAGCGAGGAAGAGCAUCUCAAAGCUGGGACUCAAGCUGGUGACCGGCGUACAGCGCGUCACGAUCCGACGCUCCAAGAACAUCAUGUUUGUCAUCAACAAGCCGGAGGUGUUCAAGUCGCCGGCGUCGGACACGUACAUCGUGUUCGGCGAGGCCAAGAUCGAGGACCUGGGCCAGCAGGCGCAGGUGGCGGCCGCCGAGAAGUUCAAGACGCCGGAGGUGAACCCGACGGCGGAGGCGCCGGCGGCCGGCGCGGCCGUGCCCGACGCCAUCCAGGAGGAGUCGGACGAGGAGGGCGUCGACGAGACGGGCGUCGAGGAGAAGGACAUCGAGCUGGUGAUGCAGCAGGCCAACGUGGCGCGCAACAAGGCCAUCAAGGCGCUCAAGACCAACAACAACGACAUAGUCAACGCCAUCAUGGAAUUAACAAUGUAGCACCGUCGCUGGGCCGCCAGCAGCAGGCUCCGACCGAGCGAGGAAGUGCAGUGGUGUGUCAUCUGAGAUGCCGUGGCUUGUAUCGACCUUCAUCAUUAAUCCCCGCCUUCUCGCUCUCUGCCUUUCACUCUUAUUUGGACGGCGUUAUCAGCUGAAGGCGUUUAUUUGUGGACUUGCUGUGCCCGCCUGGGAGCGCGCCGGUCCGUCGGUGGACCGCGCGCUCUGGCCGUGGAUCCGCUCGUGCCCGGCCAGGGUGCGCGGCGCAGCUCAGCGGUACAUACGGCUGUCGCCGCAGCCUGCUGUUGCCCCCUGCUUCGCUCGCUCGGCGGAGAGGUGCUGGCGGCCGGACCUGUCCUGGCGAUGGUGCACCCCCCCCCCCCCCCCCAAUAAUGCUGGAUCGCGUUUUGUAUGGUAUGUCUCCGAGUCGCCUUGACGAACAUCAGUCGUAAUACAUGUGUUUCGAAGGGCACUCGUCACCCUG